CGGAAAUGGAACCAAAAAAACAAAAAAGAAAGACCCGUCAAAACAUAAACAUAGUCGUCAACCUUGCUUGCUUUAUAGUCUGUCUUUUGCAAAAACCUUUAUGCACGCUUUCCUAAUGUCGUGUAUUUACGGCCAGAGGAUCCCUUGUCACGGCACUUAGCUCAAUUGCUAAGCAGUGAAUUGGAGAGCAUAAAUCUGCAAUAAAGAUUAGGACUAAACUGAGAAGUACGCCUCGUCGGGCCUUCGAGUAGAGGUAACGCAUGCUAUGCUAGUUAGCAACCACGAGCAAUGCUUACUGCUUGCCUUUUGACAACCAGCUGUUUGGUGCUUACGCAGGAUUCAGCAGUAUUUAGUUUCAUUUGUGUUAGCCACACGCAGGCUAGUUAGCAUUAGCUCACGACAAUAACAAUGACAGAUUGUCAAGCACUGUAGAAGACAAUGCACUGUUUAAAUGCAGUAAUAAGAAAGUCAGGCCUGUGAGACAGCUACCAAGCAAGUUCCCUCUCGGGGCGACGCAGGACAAAGAGACACAAUGGCUGAACCUGAAGUCAAAUCUACUGCGCUGAAAGGUGGCUCUGAAGAAAAAGAUCCAGAAGAAGAUCAACACAAGGAGGAAGGUGCCUCUGGAAGUAAAGAGGGACAAACACAGUCUUCAUCUCAAGAUGAUCCCAAAGAAACAGGAGAGGCUUCAGGGGACAAGCCUAUGCCAGAUGUGGAAGGAGGGAUGAGGGCAAACAGAGAGGGAGAGGAGGAGGAGGAGGAGGAGGAAGAAGAAGACACAGACAGCAUGGAUGGAAGCGGUCUUUACUCCCUGACUGAGGAUGGUGACAGAGAGAGCGAGGGAGGCAGACGGGAGAGAGUUAGGGAUAAAGAUCGCGAGAAAAGAGCAGCCAGAAAGAGGAAUAGACCUGGCGGCGGCACCAAUCACUCCUCCAGCUCAGAUGAUGAUGACGACGACGAUGACGACGAAGAAGAAGAAGAAGAACAGAAAGAUGAUGAUGACGACGAUAACGAGGCUAUGGAGGCGUGGCUGGGAGCAGAGGUCCGUGACAUGCGUGCCCCUAUAUGGAGGUCGAUACCCUCGCUGCGCUCCAGGGAGAUCGGCAGGGGGGGACACCAGUUUGUGAGGCGUGUGUGUGGAGCGCGGGGUCUGGUGCAGAGGCUGGAGCUGCAGGGCCGGCUGGAGAGGCACACGGGCUGCGUCAACACGCUGCACUUCAACCCCUCGGGCACACGCCUGGCUUCGGGCAGCGAUGACCUGCGAGUGGUCAUCUGGGAUUGGGCGAUCCGCCGUGCUGAGCUGGAGUUUGACAGUGGCCACAAGAGCAAUGUCUUUCAGGCAAAGUUCCUGCCUCACAGUGGGGACUCCACCUUGGCCAUGUGUGCUCGAGAUGGGCAGAUCAGAGUGGCGGAGCUCUCUGCCACACAGCGCUGCAAGAACACCAAGCGGGUAGCUCAGCAUAAAGGGGCGGCACACAAGCUGGCCCUGGAGCCAGACUCCCCCUGCUCCUUUCUGUCUGCGGGGGAGGACGCUGUGGUGUUUGGUAUUGACCUGCGCCUUGACCGUCCCGCCAAUAAACUGGUGACCGUAAAGGAGGGGGAUAAAAAAGUGGGCUUGUACACCAUCUAUGUCAACCCAGCGAAGACACAACACUUUGCUGUGGGAGGAAGGGAUCAGUAUGUGAGGAUCUAUGACCAGAGGAAGAUCAAUGAGAACGACAACAAUGGUGUACUGAAAAAGUUUUGUCCCUCACAUCUGGUAUCCAGUGAGUCCAAAACCAACAUCACCUGCCUUGUGUACAGCCACGAUGGCACAGAGCUCCUGAUCAGUUACAACGAUGAGGACAUCUACCUGUUUGACUCCAACCACAGUGACGGGGCAGACUAUCGCAGGAGAUACAAGGGUCACCGCAAUAAUGCUACAGUGAAGGGGGUGAACUUCUAUGGGCCGUGCAGUGAGUUUGUGGUCAGUGGCAGUGACUGCGGACACAUCUACCUGUGGGACAAGAACUCUGCUCGCAUUGUCCAGUUUAUGGAGGGAGACAGGGGAGGAGUGGUGAACUGUUUGGAGCCACACCCCCAUCUGCCAGGCAUGGCCACCAGCGGGCUGGACCACGACGUCAAACUGUGGGCCCCCACAGCUGAGUGCCCCACUGGACUCAAGGGUCUGAAAGAGGUGAUGAAGAAGAACAAGCGGGAGCGAGAUGAAGACAGUGUUCGUCAUGGCGACCAGUACGACACCCAGCUGCUGUGGUUCCUGAUGAGACACAUGAGGAACAGAAGGCCUCCCAGGGCCCGCCGUGAGGGUGCUGACGCAGACACAGACGAGUCGUGGAGCUCUCCAGAUUCCUCCGAUGAAGAGGAGGGAGGUCCAGACAACGUCCAGUGCAUGUCCUCCUGAGCUACACACACAUACUUAGACCCACACACACAUGCAUACACACUGUAUUGCCCUUGAAUUGAUGCACAUAGGCAAGCACUAUUGACACACUGGCACACUCAAACACAGACGAGCCACAGACUUGUUUUUCCUCAUACAUAUACAGUCUCACAGAGAUGAAAACACACAUUUACUUAAACAUACUUUUGAAGAAGAGAUGCUUAACGCCUGGUUUCCCAGCAGUUGUGUGUGUGCAAAUGACAACUAAAGACUAUAUACACACUUCCAGAAUCCUGAUUUUGGGGAAUUGUACAAAGAGGUUUAGUGAGUGCUUACACCCCUACGAGCCCCUUGGAGGCUCCUGCUUGUCUAUACAUUAUCUCUAAGCUCUGCCUAGCCCCAGAACAUUGUACUGUGCAUGUAUGGCAACAAGCACCUCUUCUUUAGGUACCCUGUAGGAAGCUACACCACCAGCAGGCGUCCCUUCUCUCUUAGUAACACACCUUCUCUGGAGCUCUCUGUGCUGAUGGAGGGAGGGUCAGCAGGGGGUAGAAUGGUACCCUCAAACCAUCCCCUUGAAUGUGACUCCCUUUUAAGAUUUUAAGGAGGGAACCCCCAGUGUACUCUGCAUCGCCCCAGUCUCAUAUUGAUUUCUGGCUCUGAGCUUGUGCAGGAGGACUACUACAUCCCUACAUGCUGCAUCACCAGACAUGCUACUUCCUCCCCCCUCCUCUCUGCAUCACCCCCUCCCCUUCACUACUGAGUGCACUUUGAAUCAGGGAAGCUUUUAGUUUGAGACAAAGACAAAAUGUGCACCGAGUGUGAUUUUGGGGGGGAAGAGCUUUUGUCUUGUAUCCUUCAUUGGAGACCCCACAGUGAAGUUUAGUUAAUUUCUAUUGAUUAUUUGAGUGGGGAGAUAUUUUGCACUUAAGAGUUUUUUGACUGAGGAUUGCUUCCACCAAUCUUCCCUCCUCCUCCUUCCUUUCUUCCUCCCUCGUUCUCCAUCUUUGAAAGGAAAGAUUAAAUGUUGAGGCAAAUCGCAUAGGAUGGUGAGGGGAUCUGACAUUUAAAAAAAAAAAGCAAGAUUCAACCUGGAUUGAAUCCCAAUUUAAAAACUACCAAUGUGACAAUUGAGUGGUUCCCCAAAAUCCAUCUGUGACGCUAAAAGUUAAAAAUAAUUGUCUCAACGACAAAUAUUAGACACACAUUUGAUCUAAGUCGUGUGUUAGAAGGUUAGCGCACCACCUGUUAGGAAAGAGGAGAGGGGGGGGGGUCAAUGUUCUUGCCAGUCAUUUGUUGUGUGAGAGCGAUAAAGUCCAGCUUUUCUCAUUUUCUAUGAGAACUCAUAGUUGAAUUUAUAUGUACAUAUAUAAAUAUAUAUUAAAACUGUAAAAAAAAAAAAAACAACGUACGCAAAUGCUGUUUGACUCCAAAAAAAAUAAAAAAGAUGUCAAACCAUUUGAUUGGUAUUGAUGCAGAGGUUUAUAUUCUAUAUGAGGAGACUUUUAAAAUCAAGAGAAAAAUACAUGAGGCACCAUUUUUGUUCUAUUUUUCUUUUUAUGAAUGGCAUCCCUCUGUUAUGAACAGAUCAGCUGUCAUUUCAAGUAUUAGAUUCUAUUUCUUGUUCAAGGAAAAGGCUAAAUAGUAUUUCCUUGCUAAAUCUUAAUCCAUCAAUUGAGAAAGUUCUAUCCAGAUUUUCCCACUGGCUAUUUUUGGCAUCUUGUAUACAUAAGGCGUUAGAUGAACAAUUGUUUUGUCCACCACUGCCUAAUAUUGCGUUCUACCAGUUAAGUUGGAAAUAUGUACGAUUCGUGCAAUAAACAAAAAGACAGUGCUCUUGAUGUUGUUGUCA